GGACAAUGCAGGCAUCACAAUGUGUAUUUUAUUGAAAGUCUUAGGGUGUGAGUAGUCGGAGCUAACAAGCAGCAAAAUGUUCAUCUACCAGUUCAUGGCUGGGGUCGUGGAGACCAUAUCCGGGGAGGAUGAGGAGGGAAAAAUAGAAUUCGACCCGCAUAAGCAUCGCAAGAUAGUACAUCCUACCUCAUACUCCGACACGAUGAUCCACUUACUGAAGGGUAGUAUCGGCGCCGGCAUUCUGGCCAUGCCGGAGGCGGUCCGGCGCGUCGGCAUUCCGGCCAGCUGCGGCGGCAUACUGCUCAUCGGCACCUUCGCCACAUACUGCAUUCAACUACUUAUCGCAGCGCAGUACCUUCUAUGUCAGCGGCAGCGGCGCGGAUACAUGACGUACCCCCGUUCUAUGUUCAUAGCCGUGAGCGAAGGUCCACCUUUGAUGCGCAAAUGUGCCUACUUCUUCUACUACUUUGUCGACACCGUCCUCAUCAUGUGGCAGCUAGGCAUAUGCACCAUCUACGCCGUAUUCGUCGCCGAGAACCUUAAACAGGUGUUCGACUUCUAUGGGGUUACCAUCACGCUGCGUCUGCACUUGUGUUACCUUCUCGUCCCGCUGAUUAUCAUCAAUCUUGUGAAGGACCUCAAACUGAUGACGCCUUUAUCCACUAUCUCCAACGUAGUGACCAUUUUCGCCCUCAUUCUGGUUUUCUUCUACCUGGUAGAAGACGAUGUAGAAGUUGAUAGUUCUAUGCUGGAAAUCAAGACGGCCCUAGACAUUCCUGCCUUCGUGGGUACUACAUUGUUUGCGCUGGAGGCCGUCGGAGUGGUGUUGGCGCUGGAGUACAACAUGGAAAACCCGAAGCAGUUUGUGGGUUUAUUCGGACUCUUCAACAUCGGCAUGGUCAUUAUCAUGGCACUGUACCUGAUCGUGGGUCUCUUCGGGUACCUCAAAUAUGGAGACGACAUUCAGGCUUCGAUUACUCUUAAUCUGCCUCAAGUUGAAAAAAAAGCACAGGCGGCGAAAAUUAUGAUCGCUAUUGCAAUUUUCCUGUCGUUCCCGUUGCAAAACUUCGUGGCUUAUGUUAUACUAUUUCGAAAAAUGAAGAAAAAGCUUUCUAGUGGACCCCAUACUUUGAAGACUUUGGACUAUUUGCUACGGAUUGCGCUAGUAUUAACUCCGUGGUCGCUGGCUGUUAUCGUGCCCUCACUCGGGCCCUUCAUUGCAUUAUUUGGCGCACUGUGCCUGUCACUAUUAGCUAUGGUGUUUCCGGCACUAAUGGAUCUCUGCGUGUGGUAUCCGAAAUCAUACGGCGUAUUGAGAUACAAGCUGAUUCGGGAUCUGAUCAUCAUUGUCCUCGGACUCUUCUGUUGCAUAUCGGGUUGCUACACCAGUGUACUAGAAAUCAUACACACUUUCGGAUAG